GCUUGGCCGCGGGGCCGCCGCCCGCAGCCCCGCCAGCAUGUCCGCGAAGGAGCGGCAAAAGGGCAAAGUGACCAAGGAUAGCGUCACCCUCCUGCCCUGCUUCUACUUCGUGGAGUUGCCCAUAUUGGCAUCUUCUGUUGUUAGCCUCUAUUUUCUUGAACUUACUGAUGUCUUCAAGCCAGUUCACUCUGGAUUUAAUUGCUAUGACAAGAGUCUGAGUAUGCCAUAUAUUGAACCUACACAAGAGUCUGUUCCCUUCUUGAUGUUGCUUAGUCUGGUUUUUGCUGGACCAUCAAUUACGAUAAUGAUAGGAGAAGGAAUUCUCUACUGUUGCCUGUCCAAAAGAAGAAAUGGGAUUGGAACAGAGGCCAAUAUUAAUGCAGGAGGAUGCAACUUCAAUUCUUUUCUUAGAAGAGCUGUCAGAUUUGUUGGUGUUCAUGUGUUUGGUCUUUGUGCAACUGCUCUUGUUACUGAUAUUAUACAGCUAUCAACAGGAUAUCAGGCACCAUAUUUCCUGACUGUUUGCAAGCCUAACUAUACAUCUUUAAAUGUAUCUUGCUCAGAGAAUUCAUAUGUUGUGGAAGAUAUUUGCUCAGGAGCUGAUCUCAAUAUCAUCAACGCUGGAAGAAAGUCAUUCCCCUCUCAGCAUGCCACCCUGGCAGCCUUUGCAGCAGUGUACAUUUCGAUGUACUUCAAUUCUACAUUAACAGACUCCUCAAAACUUCUUAAACCACUCUUGGUUUUCGCCUUUAUCAUCUGUGGAAUUAUAUGCGGUCUGACUCGUAUCACCCAGUAUAAGAAUCACCCAGUUGAUGUUUACUGUGGCUUUCUCAUAGGAGGAGGAAUUGCUCUCUAUUUGGGCCUGUAUGCUGUGGGGAACUUCUUACCAAGUGACGAGAAUGUGUUUCACCAAAAUUUUCACAGAGAACCUCUAAGGUCAUUGACAGACCUCAGUCAAGAUGCCAGCAGAAUCCUGCCAGGUAAAAACGGCGGCAGCAGCGAUGGCAUUGUCUCUCACCGUACAGAAGGUAUCCUGAAUAGAAACCACAGAGAUUCGGGCUCUCUGACCAAUCUCAAGAGAGCAAAUGCUGAUGUAGAAAUAAUAACACCACGAAGCCCAAUGGGAAAGGAGAACAUGGUUACUUUCAGCAACACUUUGCCAAGAGUCAACACACCAUCCUUGGAAGAUCCAGCAAGACGAAAUGCAACAAUACACGCAUCAAUGGAUUCUGCCCGUUCCAAACAGCUGCUGUCCCAGUGGAAGAACAAGAAUGAAAGUCGAAAGUUGUCACUGCAGGUAAUAGAGACUGAAUCUGGCCAGUCACCACCAAGGGCUAUCGAAAUGAGGUCAAGCUCAGAACCUUCCAGAGUGGGUGUAAAUGGUGAUCAUCAUGGCCCAACUACCCAAUACCUGAAAAUCCAACCUGGCAGUGUACCAGGUUGUAACAACUCAGGUCUUACUGGUGGGCCAAGGGUCUCUAUUCAGUCCCGUCCUGGCUCAUCUCAGCUAGUACACAUUCCUGAAGAGACUCAGGAGAACGUGAACUCAUCACCUAAAACUAGUUCAGCUAGAGCUAAAUGGCUGAAAGCUGCUGAGAAGAGUGUUGCAUGCAGGAGUAAUAGCCAGCCAAGAAUCAUGCAGGUAAUAGCCAUGUCUAAGCAGCAAGGGGUGCUUCAGGGCAGUCCAAAGAGUUCAGAGGGAAGCACAGUGACCUGUACAGGAGCCAUCAGAUAUAAAACCUUGACAGACCAUGAGCCAAGCAGCAUUGUUAGAGUUGAGGCCCAUCCAGAAAAUAACAGACCUGUAAUUCAGAUGCCAUCAGAAGGUGAAGGAAGUGGGUCAUGGAAAUGGAAAGGUCCUGAAAAAGUCACUCUUCGUCAAACAUACGAGCUAAAUGAUCUUAACAGAGACUCUGAGAGCUGUGACUCCUUAAAAGACAGUUAUGGGUCAGGUGACAGGAAAAGAAGCAACAUAGAUAACGCUGAGCAUCACCAUCAUGGAAUCACUACGAUAAGAGUCACACCAGUGGAAGGAAGUGAGAUUGGCUCAGAGACUCUGUCCAUUUCUUCUAGCCGGGACUCAACACUUCGAAGAAAAGGUAACAUCAUUUUAAUCCCUGAGAGAGGGAGCAGUCCAGAGAACACCAGAAACAUCUUCUAUAAAGGCACAUCCCCCACACGAGCAUACAAGGAUUAAGAGGAGACAUAUCAACUGGUCCAUACCACCACAAAGUAAACACAUCUUGACACAGGUUCUGCUCCCUUUGUUUUGAGCUGAUAUUUACCUUUAUGUGCCAAAAUAUUGACCAGCAGCCCUGCAUUGCUGAUGUGCAAUGUGCAUGAGCCUGUGAACAGCAUGUGGUGGGGGGAAAAGCACAAUGCCAGAACUAAUGUGAAGCAUUUUCAUGCAACUUGUUUCUUCAGAUUCAAAACAUAUAUCUGAGGGUGAUGAUGUCAAUUAAAAGAAUGGUCUUGAACACAGACACUGUAUUUCCUGAAUGUGCCAACCUUUUAUUUUAUAUUUGUGUCCAAAAUUUACUGACUUUUUCACAGCAAAGGUUGUAUCAGUGGUAUAUAUUCAUCUUGGCAGAAUUUGCACCAAAU